AUGCUCACGCCCUCGUGCGCCUCGCAACCCGUGCCGGGCUCGGUGGUUCGCAAGGUGUGGGAGGGACGGCGCUCUCUGGGUGCCGAUGACGUGCGCAAGCUGCGCGAUGAGGUGGCGGAGAUGUUUGACCACGGGUUCCGGCACUACAUGGAGCACGCCUUCCCAAAGGACAACCUGCGUCCAGUAUCGUGCGGCGGCGAGGACUGGCAGGGCGGCAUGGCGCUGACCCUGGUGGACGCAUUGGACGCCCUAGUGCUGCUGGGGCGGCGGGGGGACGCGGCUGAGGCGGUGGAGCGGCUGCGGUGGGCGCUGGACUUUGACCUUGACCAGGAGGUCCACGUAUUUGAGGUCACCAUCCGCAUGCUGGGCGGCCUGCUGAGCGGCCACGUGCUGCUGACGCGCAACCCCACCAUCGCGCCGCGCUACAACGGCUCCCUGCUGGCGGCCGCUGCUGACCUGGCGGACCGCAUGAUGCCGGCGUUCAACACGCCUUCGGGGCUGCCGGCAGCGUUCAUCAACCUCAAGACGGUGCGCGCGCGGGCACCCUGA